AGGAGCUAGGUCGUCUACAAGGGACGUCUGGUGCCCGUUCUGCGUGCCUGUUAGCUCAUGCCUAUGGGAGCGCCUUACUCCUCCACAGGGGUCCCAUUGGUGAAGUUCAUGCUGUCUAUGAUGAGGUCUUACAAUAUUUGCUGGAUUCGAAGCACAAGUUGAAGCUGCAGAACAUAAAGCUUCGAUUUCAGAUGCUGACAGCCGUGCAAUGCUGGUGGCAAUUCAUCGACACAACAAGCACUUCGUCUCGCGGCUCGUCGCUGGCAUCCUUGCGACGAGUGCACCAAACUCUUGCGGCCGUCAGCGCAGCACUGCCGGGCCCUGAGGAAUCCAUCGGAGAGCAGGAGGUCAUCAGCACCACAGACCAUGCUGAAGUCGCCAGGGCCUUGCCAGCGGAAGUGCAGCCACGAGCACGGAUGGAAGACUUUGCUUUCCCAUUUUGGCUGGACAUUGUGCUGAUUCCUCUCCGCCGGGUGGAAGAAAAAGAGUGGCCCAGCGGCCAGCGAGGGCCCUUUUAA